AAACCUCACAAAGAUCAUCUCACAACUCAACAACGCAGUCAAUCUGCUCAUAAUCAUAGCAUAGCCGUAUAGAAAGAAAUUCUACACUCUGCUACCAAAAAAUGGAUUCCCCUUGCUUAGUAGCAUUACUGGUUUUCUCUUUUGUAAUUGGAUCUUGCUUUUCUGAUAAUCCCAUAGAUAGCUGCUGGAGAGGAGACUCAAACUGGGCACAAAACAGAAUGAAGCUCGCAGAUUGUGCAGUGGGCUUCGGAAGCUCCACCAUGGGAGGCAAGGGAGGAGAUCUUUAUACAGUCACAAACUCAGAUGACGAUCCUGUGAAUCCUGCACCAGGAACUCUGCGCUAUGGAGCAACCCGAGAUAGGCCCCUGUGGAUAAUUUUCAGUGGGAAUAUGAAUAUAAAGCUCAAAAUGCCUAUGUACAUUGCUGGGUAUAAGACUUUUGAUGGCAGGGGAGCACAAGUUUAUAUUGGCAAUGGCGGUCCCUGUGUAUUUAUCAAGAGAGUGAGCAAUGUUAUCAUACACGGUUUGCAUCUUUACGGCUGUAGUACUAGUGUUUUGGGGAAUGUUUUGAUAAACGAGAGUUUUGGGGUGGAGCCUGUUCAUCCUCAGGAUGGCGAUGCUCUUACUCUGCGCACUGCUACAAAUAUUUGGAUUGAUCAUAAUUCUUUCUCCAAUUCUUCUGAUGGUCUGGUCGAUGUCACUCUUACUUCGACUGGAGUUACUAUUUCCAAUAAUCUUUUUUUCAACCAUCAUAAAGUGAUGUUGUUAGGGCAUGAUGAUGCAUAUAGUGAUGACAAAUCCAUGAAGGUGACAGUGGCGUUCAAUCAAUUUGGACCUAACUGUGGACAAAGAAUGCCUAGGGCACGAUAUGGACUUGUACAUGUUGCAAACAAUAAUUAUGACCCAUGGACUAUAUAUGCAAUUGGUGGGAGUUCAAAUCCAACCAUUCUAAGUGAAGGGAAUAGUUUCACUGCACCAAAUGAGAGCUACAAGAAGCAAGUAACCAUACGUAUUGGAUGCAAAACAUCAUCAUCUUGUUCAAAUUGGGUGUGGCAAUCUACACAAGAUGUUUUUUAUAAUGGAGCUUAUUUUGUAUCAUCAGGGAAAUAUGAAGGGGGUAAUAUAUACACAAAGAAAGAAGCUUUCAAUGUUGAGAAUGGGAAUGCAACUCCUCAAUUGACAAAAAAUGCUGGGGUUCUAACAUGCUCUCUCUCUAAACAUUGUUGAUGAUGCAUAUAUUCUAGCAUGUUGUACUAUCUAAAUUAACAUCAACAAGAAAUAUAUCAUGAUGUAUAUUGUUAUAUUGAUGUCAAAAUAAAAAUGUAUCUUUUACUAUUUA